UGCUGCAUACCUAGAUCAACUAAUCUGAUUUCAUUCAUAUUCUCCGUUAUCGUCUGACCUCCUUGCUUAAGAAAGUUAGAAAAGCAAUGUUUCGUGAGAGUUGAAAGAGCAAUCAUGACGUCUUCGAUCCUGUCAGCUAUGCGCCAUACUUUCAGAAUAUCACCGGCUUCCCUGAACGUACGACAUGUUCGUCUUUUUAACUUUCUCUCUUUAUCAGAGAUAAGAUGUUCUGCUGGGUAUUAUUCAAUCAGACAAUCCAACACAGGCAAAAUGGUGAAAGACACGCAGACUGUUAUUGAGUGAGCAAACUUAUCCCCUUUCUGAACAUAGUAAAUAUAUGAAACAGAAACCGGCGAAGGAAUGAAUCUUACAGUACCUUCAUUGUUGCUAAGGAAAUGUAUUUUCUAGGGAGUUCAACGACAUUGUCAACAUGUCGGCUUCAGACCUCGAGACUUGGCUAAAGGAGGGGGCGUCCGAGUCGGCGGGCUGGAGCAAGAGCGACGGCUCGGGAGAGACGAUCGGGCACGAGAGUGGACGAAAAAUCAUCGAAAUUCUCAAGAAAAACCCGCGCAAAGACCCGGAUAAAUACGACGAGGAUGACGUCGACCACAUGCGUCGCGUAGUCGCGUACUGCAAGCGGCAUCUAGCGCAGGAGGGAAAGGUGAAGCAGGACCCGGAUAGCAAGAGUGCGAGGAGUUUGAAGAAUUGGGGGCACGAUCCUAGUAAGGAGUAAAAAAAGGGGCUCGUUUUUUUUGGCCUUGUGUUACGUUAUCAGGAAAGCGCCUAGAGUGAAU